GGGCGAGUGAAAUUACGGAGGCGAGAGAUGGUCGAGGUAGUCAAGCGGGGAAACGGGCAUGCUGGGCAGUCGAAGGAGAGAGAGAGGAAGCAGGCGGACGUGACUUAGACGGACAUGGGCUGACUAGGACUGCAGGGAAGGGAGGCCUGACCGGCCACGACCUGUGCAGAGAGGAGAGGAAAAGAUGCUAGAACCACAGGAGAAUGGCUUGGUUGACCUACCAGAUUAUGAGCGUAUAGAAGAUGAAACUUUUCCUCCGUUCCCACCUCCAGCCUCUCCAGAGAGGGAAGAUGGUGAAGGCGCUGAACCUGAAGAAGAGUCAGGGAGAGGCGCGCCUGUUCCUGUACCUCCGAAGAGAACAGUUAAAAGGAAUAUACCCAAGCUGAAUGCUGAGAGAUUAAUUUCAGAGAGAGGGCUCCCAGCAUUAAGGCAUGUGUUUGAGAAGGCAAAAUUCAAAGGUAAAGGUCAUGAGGCUGAGGACUUGAAGACACUAAUCAGACACAUGGAGCACUGGGCACACAGGCUGUUCCCUAAACUGCAGUUUGAAGAUUUUAUUGACAGAGUUGAAUAUCUGGGAAAUAAAAAGGAAGUUCAGACCUGUUUAAAACGAAUUCGACUUGAUAUCCCUAUUGUACAUGAAGAUUUUGUAAGCAAUAAUGAUGAAGUAGAGGAAAAUAAUGGCCACGAUGUAACUGCUACCGAAUUAGAUCCCUUUCUGACAAACUCAUAUGGAAGUGUAGAGUUUGCUUCUGAGUCCAGUAGAAGCCUAACAGAAGAACAACAACAAAGAAUUGAGAGAAAUAAACAACUGGCUUUGGAAAGAAGACAGGCAAAGCUACUGAGUAGCAUUCAGUCCCUAGGAAAUGACUUGUCAGUGAGCACACCCAGCACAGACACACCUGAAGAGGGCAGUGCAGGUGAGGAGCAAAAGGAGGAAGGGUCAAAUGGAUUUAACAAAGACCUAGACAGUCCACAUAAUGCUGGUGCUGCCAGUGCUGUGAAAGAAGAGGAGGAGUUAAAAGUUGAGAAAACGCAGCUGGACCAGUCCUUUUAGAAUGUACGGUAGUGACUUAAGGCUUCAUCUAGAAAUGUUCCUCACGUUGGAUAGGCCUCAGCUGAGAACAUCUAUUAACUUGCUGUCUUCCAAAUUUGAGAUGACGGUGCAGUGCAUUUUGUUUGCUUUGAGUGAAAAUCUUUAUAUAGUGAAACUUAUAAAAUCCUGUUUAAAAUCUGGCAUUAUUUUAAUUAUGUUAUGUGCUCAGUUGUGUCUGACUGUGACCCCCAUGGAUUGUAGCCCGCCAGGCUCUUCUGUCCAUAGGGUUUUCCAGGCAGGAAUCACUGGAGUGGGUUUGCUAUUUCCUCCUCCAGGGGAUCUCGACCCCGGGAUCAAGCCUGAGUCUCCAGUGUCUCCUGUACUGCAGGCGGAUUCUUUAGUGCUGAGCCACUGCGGAGGCCUUAUUUAUAAUUGUUUCUUAUUAACUUCCACUGUCUAUUUUUCUCCUUAGUGUUUAUUUGUAUAUAAGUAAGACCUUGUAAAAAUGAUUGGUAGUUAAUAAGAAGCUUUUGCUGCUUAUGAUCCCAUUGAAUGCCCUAUUUUUACUAAAUUGGGUGGUGUUUUAAGAUGUAAAUAUGUAUAAUAAAUAAUAAUGUUUUUUUUAAUAAAAAUCUCAUGAACUAUC